AUGAAAAAAUUUCUUAGCUUUCGCUUCCAAAACGCUAACACCAACCUCAGCAUUGAUUUGACAGACAAUGAUGCCGUUCUGGUCGAACUCACGUCCAACCCCCAUCAUUGGUAA